AGAUUUGGGGUUUUUGAUUUUAUUACGUGUAAAUGCUUAUGUAAAGCCCUUUGAAUUACUUUUGUGUAUGAAAUGUGCUUUAUGAAUCAAGUAACCUUAAGCCUUUACCUGCAAAUCCAAAAACGCUCAUUAACACAGAGAAAAGUUUCAGAAUUGUGCUUUUAUUUUUGCCUUACCAAGUGGCAUUACCAGCCAAUACGUUAGGGAAUAAUCAAACAUUAAUGCAGCCAUAGUGUUAUUCAACUCUUUGUAAACUUUGUGGACUGUUCAUCUUCAUUCAAUAACAUUGUAAGGACUUUUGGAUAAAAGGAAUCUAGGUCUGGCACAUCUGUCUCCAUAUGCUGAGGGGGUGGGGGAUAUAUUUUAUGUUUAUAUAUAUUAUAAAAGCAUCAGUGAAAGUAAAUAUUUCUGGAAAAUUAAUUGACAGAAAUUCUGUGAAACGAUACAAAGGACAUUUUCCCGUCUGAGACAUCGGCAUUCUGGACAAAAUAUGAUGAUAUUUUGUCCACAAAACGUUAGUAAUACAUUUUAGUUGUGCAUUAUCUCCCAUCAUCUGAGGGGUGCAGAAUGCAAGGCAGAAGUUAUUAUCAAAUUGUUUUUGCCCACAUGCAUCAAUCCGACAGUCAUGCAGCAAAGGCAAAACCAUUCCAGGGAAGUCAGGUUUUAUGGCUGUCACCUUAACCCCACAUCUUAAUGUUGUGUUAUAGGCUUUGUGUCGAGGUGUUUAAAGGUUUUUCUCCUCCUCAGGUGUUGUGUGUUCGGAUGUGUAUCUGUCUGGCGGGCCUGCCACUGGCCUCAGAGGCAGGCAGACUGCGCUGUGGUUCUGAUCUGCUCAAAGACCUGAUGUUUGUCUGCGGGGAUCGUGGAAUCUAUUUAGGUAGAGGAACAUGGUCCGGUUAUGGAGGUCGGCCCAGGGGGAAGGGGAUCGUGGAGCAGUGCUGCCGCUCGCCUGGCUGUGGACUCCAAUAUCUGGAGACAUACUGUGCCAAACCAAAGAGCCAGCAGGCCACCACAGCUCCCCCUGCCCCCACUACAACCAUCCCUGCCUCCACCACUGCCAUCCCUGCCCCCACCACAGCCAUCCCUGCCACCGCUACAGAACAUCUGUCCACCCCGCAGACAGAUAUGGCUCAGCAGUUCCAGGCAUUGUUUCAGAGGAGAAUCUCUGAGCACCUAGGGGCCCCCGACAGGGCAACAAAGAAAAAAACUGUGCCUUCCUCUCAACGGAAAAGCAAAGGUGUAUCAUCACACAGGAGGAAGAAGACCAGGAGUUCAACCAGCAGGCCUUUGACGACCCCCGGGAGCCCACCUCCAACAACUACGGCUUCAAAAUCAUGACCAUAAGAAGUUACUGGAUCGCACCCAGCACGUUUGAGAGACGGAUGCUCAACUUUAAGAUCUUCUCUACUGAGUAAGGAAGGUUGAUAAUAACUAACAGAGUCUUAUGGGGGACACAGAUGGGGAAGUCCUCAGCUACAGGAGAGACACACAGAGAGUCCUGACUCCAGCUCCAGGCCAGCUGCUGUUACACUCCAGAGUUUUUAGCCGUGACAGCCAUGUCUGCAAUACAUCUAUUCUGAAAGCUGAUGUAUUCAAAUUAAGACUGCCUUUAUUGAUUCAGUUCACGCUGGUGUUAUUAUACAAUUACACACAAAGGCCUGAAAAUAAACACACAAACAAACCGGCUCCUGGAGGUGUCAGAACGAAGGGGCUGCCAGUGCUCCAGUGUCCUGAGAGAGAGUUGGGGGUUCGGUGCCUUACUCAAGGACACCUCGGUAAAUCGCAGGAGGCUACCUGGUACCUCUCCAGCUACUAGUCCACACCACUUUUUUAUUUUUCGUUCCAUAGCGAGAUUAGAACCAGUGACCAUUCGGCUCAAAGAUCUCCAUCCAUGUUUUUGGUCCAAUCGGGACUUGAACUGACAACCCUUUAGUUCCCAAGCCAAGUCUCUACAAAUUGAACUUUGAUCCCCAAGUUUAGUCUGUGUUAACACAUGAUGGACUUACGGGAAAUGGUGUUUGUUAAAGGCUGCUACCACAUCGCUUGUCCACUGCAAAGACUUAGUAAGCUUUUAGGGGUACACUUUAUCACCUAAUAGGUUUUUUCUGCAAUACAGUGGUAAAUAUAUUUAGCAAUUAUGAAUGAAUUAGAAUUUAUUUGUAGUGUUUUUGUGUCCACUUUCAAACCCUUCCUGAUGGAAAUAUAUUUGUCAUUAUCCACUGUGUGUGAGUGUUUGUGAGUGUGUGUUUAAAAGAAAAGUAUAUUUGAAUACUUUUAUAGCACUUUUAACUGAAUUCCUGUGUGUGUCUUCACCAUGUGGGUCAGUUGUUCUGAUAUGUAUCUUUGUUUUCUGUCUGAGACGAACAAGUAUUGUGUUUUUCAUUUUUCUGUUGUGUGUGAAAUAGCUUAACACAUUAUUUAUUUAUUUUACUACCACAACAUACGACUAUAAUAAAUCUCAAAUCAUAUCAA